AGCCACUUGACAAGAAGUGCCCAGGCCUAGUUGCUAUGGCUGGUGGAAAGCAGGAGCUUAAGAGAAGCAUUACCAUUAUCCCUUGCUUUGUGUUUGUGGAGCUGGGGAUCAUGGCUGGCACAGUGGUGCUAGCCUACCACUUUGAGUACUCAGACACUUUUCCGGUGCACUUUCAAGGAUUCUUCUGCUAUGACAAUACUUUGACCAAACCCUAUCCUGGGCCAGAGGACAGUAGCCGAGCACCUCCAGUCCUGGUCUACUCUCUUGUUACUGCUGUCCCCACUGUCACGAUACUUGUUGGAGAACUGGCCGCCUUCUUCCUCCAACCACAAAGGCGUGAGGAGAAAACCAUAAUCUCGGGCGAGUGCUGUUAUUUCAAUCCACUUCUGCGCCGCAUGAUCCGUUUCCUGGGUGUCUAUUCCUUCGGCCUCUUCACUACCACAAUCUUUGCCAAUGCAGGCCAAGUGGUGACCGGCAACCAGACCCCACAUUUCCUCUCCGUGUGCCAACCAAACUACACUGUGCUGGGCUGCCAACCACCUCCAGGCACCAUCUAUGUCACAGACAAGGCAGCCUGCACUGGCAAUCCUCUCCUGGUCACUGCAGCCUGCAAGGCCUUCCCCUCCAAGGACGCUGCCCUCAGUGCCUACGCAGUGGCCUACACUGUGAUGUAUGUCACACUGGUUUUCCAGCUGAAGGGCUCCCGCUUGGCCAAGCCCUCCCUGUGCCUGGCACUCCUGGGCCCGGCAUUCUUGGUGGGUGUGGUGCGUGUGGCCGAGUACCGGAACCAUUGGUCUGAUGUGCUGGCUGGGUUCCUCACAGGUGGGGCUAUUGCCACCUUUCUGGUGACGUGCGUGGUCAACAAUUUCCAAAGCCCCGUAUCUUCAGCCAAGAAAGCUUCUCCACCUGAAAGUCUACCCGCUGUCCCAGUCUUGGGACUGCCCUGUGUUGAGAGCUCCCUUGAAAAAUUAAGCGUGGCUCAGCAGGUGAGGGACACCCCAGAAGAACAGGAGUUUUCUACGCUACUCUCAAGAGGUCUGGAAAGGCAGCUAGCUCGAUCUCUACACUUGGCAGCACCUGGCAGCGCAGCAGUGACCCGUCCCUACGAAAUCACGGAGCUGUGUUCACAGAGGUCACCUGAUCCACAACUAUGUCUCUUCCCCUCCACCCCAGAUGUCCUUAUUCCCUCCCGGUCGGUCACCAGUGAAGUCUGACCCAAGGAGUCAUUCCUGAUAUUCCUAUGGUGGAGCUAGAUCUUGGGGGUGGGCUCUAACCUUGUACUCUCCAUUUCCCAACCUCUUUCUUGGACUUUCCUGGAAUCAGGUUUGAUAGUUGUCAUAACAUAGUUCUGGUUCUAUGAGGUGAGUGUGCAGCAUAGAUUGGGGAGGGGCAAUAAGGGUAAA